AUGGCUUACCUGCUAAUGUUUGUGACCCUACUGCAUCUCAUCACCCUGGCCAUGCUGUUCAUUGCAACCAUGGAGAAGUCCUGGUGGGUGUGGGACGGCCUGGAGAACUCAGAUCUGUGGUACAACUGUAGGUUCGACAACUUCACAGGAACCUGGCUUUGCUCAUCCUCCAAAGAAUCCGAGUGGCUCCCGGCAGUGCAGGUCCUCAUGGUUCUGUCAGUGGUCUUCUCUUCCAUCUCCUUCUUGGUGUUCCUGGGUCAGCUCUUCACCAUGUCUAAGGGUGGACUCUUCUACUUCACCGGGCUGUGUCAAGUGUUUGCAGGUCUGGCAGCCUUCUCUGCAGCUCUCAUCUACACACUUCAUAACAAGGAAAUCCUCCCCAGCUCCAAAGAGCAGACCUCUGGACACUUUGGCUACUGCUACAUCCUGGCCUGGGUGUGUGUCCCGUUGUUGCUGGGCAGCGGCGUCAUAUACAUUCACCUGCGUAAGAAAGAGUGAUACAAGAAAAGAGCAACAAACACCAUGCCAACAGCAGUAUUAGGAAAUAGAGUAUUGACCUGACUUCUCAAUUUUGUCAAAAUUUCCCAAAUGUCUAUGUUAUGUGAUUAUGGAUUGUAGAU